AUUACUGUUUUACAAUUUUACUUUGGCUUUUACAGAUACUUGUAGGGUUAGUUGUGAGUCUUGUGACUUUCAGUUUUGCCGACUUUCGCGUUGUUAUUUUUAUCUGGAUCGUACAAGAUAAAAGUGAUAUGAACUUGUGAUUACUUUUAGUGGAGUUGCAUAUUUACUUACAGAGUGCUUCUUAGUUUCUGAGUUCCAGUCAGCGGAUCGUUUCUUGCAUUUCUUUGACGUACAACUUGUACCCUGUGAUUGUUCACUCCUUGCGACAAACCACAAAGUUCCUUUGGAGUUUGGAGGAACCUAUUGUAGGCAAUGCGCUCGCCUGUACGAUGUUCACCAGUUGGGUUAAUAUACUGCGAAGAAUGCCAAACUCACACGCCGCGGCCUUGUUACGCACACGCACGCAUCACUCCCGACAAGCUCGUCGUUCCCUAUUCCGUGGCCAGUCUUCCCGAAUCACUGUAGCUGCACGCUGCACUUGAUGAUGAUUCUGAGAAGGUCGUCUUCGCCAGAGAAGUCAUUCCGGCGCUGACAAUCUUCGGUCCCUUGAUGGGAUCGGUGACAAGCAUUAAACCAGCCGAGUGUGCCUUCGCGUGCGGGAAUGCGGAGAACGAGGAGCUGCGCUACUUUCAGCUGGAUUCCGAUCACACCUCCAACUGGAUGAAACACGUCAGAUUCGCUGACAAUCCACAAGAAUGCAACGUCGCCGUCUUCGAAGUGCCGCAGUCUGUCCCUUUUUGGCAGUCUUCCAAUGGUUCAUCGAGCUUGGGGAUGGUGAUCUUCGUGACACUGCGCCGUAUUUUGCCGAACGAGGAGUUGAAGGUCGCUUACUCGUGGGAAUAUGCCAGCCGUAUCGGACGUGGCUAUCUGGGAAACACGACGACCGGAAACGCCAGCAACGCCGCAAAUACUGUCGAUGCGGCCAUUUCCAGUGGACUGCCGGCCGACGGCGCUGACACAGACAAUCUCGCCGCCAGUUUUAUUAAUUUCGACGUUAGUCUUACAGCUAACGUGUUAUUGGAUUUCCCUUCAAUCGUUUCUGACAGAAGAGACGACGGCGGUAGCGAAUGUACGGACGACGAGUUUGUUUCCGAUUCGGAGGUUGUCAAUGAUUUUGUUUCACUGGAUGAGAAAUUCGUUGUUUCGGCCAACGAGGAAGAUACCGAAACUGGCGUUAAUACUUUCCGCUAUACGGAGGACUCCGACGUUAUGGCUGCCACACUCGUCGACCAUCGCGACAAUGAUGGCACGAUGUCAGAAAAGCCUGUGAGGCAACUGGACGAUGGUUCGAAUUUGCCAUUGACAGAAAACCCUGAACCCGAUUCCGGUGAAAUUAUGGACUCCAACCAAGAAAGUCUGAAAACCAGGGAACACCUUUUGUCUCGGAAAUAUGGAAAAUGUUUGGUUUGCGGUCAGAAUUUCAGAGACCUGAUAUCUCAUCUCAACACAACGCAUACUGAGGAGGAUGUACGCGCAGUGAACGAUGCUUGCUUCGUGUGCCAUAGAAAAUUUAGGAGCCCGAAACUGCUGGCAACUCACUUGAAAAGGGUCCACCGUCGCAUUUCGCCGCCAGACGAAGCCGCUCGACUGGCUGCUCUGGAUUACAUCCGGAGAACGGGAUUCCUGCAUUACCGCUGCGCUAUAUGCCGCAAAGUAUUUACAAGCGAAGCGCUGCUGAAUGUCCACGCUUUUGCACAUGAUACUGAUAGAAGCCGGCAUGAAGAACAACCGGAGAGGAAGUGUCCAGCCUGUGCGUUUACUGCGUCGACGUUUGCCGAGCUGCUUGAACACAUCGGUCUGCACGCGCGCACCCUACGGAAGCUGAAUCAGUGUAUUUUGUGUGGAGUGCCGGUUGAUCACGUACAGAAACAUGCAAAGUCGCGCCAUCCUGAAGUGCUGCAUAUGGUACAGGAAAAAUGCCCGUUUGAAUGUUCCGAGUGCUCGCAAACCUGUAUUAGUAUCGGUGCGUUGAAGUGUCAUAUGAACCUUAGCCAUCAACGUACACGCUGUUCAUACUGUGGAUUCAGGAGCCCCAACAUGAAAACUUUAAUUAAUCAUGCCAAGGAGCACUGCGUGGACGGGUUGUUUUCGUGUCAGUGGUGUACCACAUCUUACAAAGAAUAUGCGGCACUUGCUGUGCAUAUUCAGGAAAGUCACAGUGAUGCUCAGGAUCAAUUCGCCGCGGAACAUGCCGAAACUGCUGGGACUGAUCUCGUUGCUGCAGAUGCACUCGAAAGUGCUACGUUGACGGAAUUUAUUGCACACAUGAAAGAAACAACGACGUUUUCCUAUUACUGCACUUCCUGUAGACUGCAUUUCCCCAUUAAAGUGCUGUUUGACCUGCAUCAGAUACAUCAUUCUGUGGAUAAAGCUGAAUUGGACCAGCGUCCAGAGCGUCGUUGCCCGGCGUGUGAUUUCGAAGGAGGCUGCUUUGGCGACUUAGUGCAUCACACCAAGGAGCACGGUUUAAGUGCGACGGAUAAGAAGCCCUGUGCAGUGUGCGGAGAACACUUUCAGCAUUUAAAACGACAUUUCCGCGCCCGGCAUCCAGACAUCAUGAAGCGCCUGGAAGAGAGUUGGAAAUUUGGGUGUGAAGAAUGUGGAGAACGGUUCAAGAGCGAAAACAAUCGUGCCAUCCAUAUGAAGGUAGCACAUGUAGGAUUUCAGUGUCUGUACUGCGCUAAAUUAUUCCGUUACCAGCGAGAUCUGGGAUUGCACGUCCGGCCGGAACACAGCGUCAACGGCGAAUUUCCUUGUCCUUCUUGUGGUAUAAAAUUCCUGAAGUAUCCUCUCGUCAGACUGCAUUAUCGUGAAUACCACGAUGUGACACAGAUAAAGACGUGCGAUGUUUGUCAGCAUGUCUGCCGCGGCAGUAAACAACUGGCUGAGCAUAUGGAAGACGUUCACGAUGUCCAGACGGGAGGUCGGUAAAAAGAAAAAAGGGACGAAACGAAAGCGUGCACGGAUAUCCUAUCAUCGAACGCCUGCGGGCGGCUACGAAUGCCCGGAAUGUGGGAAAGUGUUGAAGAGAUAUUCUGCACUUUACUUGCACAAGCAGAAUGUGCAUCAUU